AUGACAGUCGUGAUUCGAGAUCUCCAAAGGAGCGAUCAGGACCAGGUACGAAAGAUUGUCCUCGAGGGACUGGCCGAGCGAUGGGGCCAAGAAUUCGACCCGACCUAUAACAAAGACCUGGACGAUAUCUAUGGCUAUUACAUCGACCGCCACCAUGCCAACGUCGCCGUCAUUGAAGAGCAACAGCAUGAGGGUGCCAUCAUUAUUAAGGACCAACAACAGACCAGUAAUCCUGUGAUAAUUGGCUGCGGCGUAUUGUUACCACUGCCAGCGGAGGACGUGUACGGGACCUGGUGUGCGGAACCAGAGUCGAUCAAGGAGAAAGCCAACUCCGCAGGGCUAACCAAACUAUGCAGGAUGAUGCGCCUGUCUGUCUCGGCGGACCGUCGUGGGCAGGGGCUAGCCAAAAAGAUGAUCCAACAUUUGAUUGAAAAAGCGCGGGAACGAGGAUUUGAACUGAUCCUUGUCGAGACGGAGAUUCUUUGGGCGAGCGCGGUGCAGAUCUACAAGUCUGAGGGAUUUUAUGUUGCCGAGAAGGAUGAUGAGAAUAUCCACUAUACCUAUCGACUUUGA